AUGGGGUGGGCACUGGCUCUGCACGGCGGCGCCGGGGACGUGCCGCGCACGCUGCCGCCCGAGAGCAGGGAGCCGCGCCUCGCCACGCUCCGCCGCUGCCUCGACAUCGGCACCGCCGCGCUCCGGGAGGGACGCACCGCGCUCGACGUCGUGGAGCUCGUCGUACGCCCUCCUCUACUCGUCUCUUCUCCGGUCCCUCUGUCUGUCUGGUGCCGGCAGCCCCGGGCGAUUCUUGAUCCCAUACAUGGCCAGGUGAGGGAGCUGGAGGACUGCCCGCACUUCAACGCCGGCCGGGGCUCCGUGCUCACCUCCGACGGCACCGUCGAGAUGGAGGCCUGCGUCAUGGAGGGUGCCACCCUGCGCUGCGGCGCCGUCUCGGGACUCUCCACCGUGGCCAACGCCGUCUCCCUCGCCAGGCUCGUCAUGGAGAAGACGCCGCACAUCUACCUCGCCUUCGACGGCGCCGAGGCGUUCGCCAGGAAACAGGGGGUGGAGACUAAGGAUCCAAGCCACUUUAUCACGGACCACAACAUCGAGCGGCUGAGGCAGGCGAAAGAGGCCAACAGGGUGCAGAUCGACUACACCCAGCCAAUGAAAGGGCAAAACACCCAGGCCCCGGCGGACGACAACAGCCAGACCGGCACGGUGGGGUGCGUGGCCGUCGACGCCGCGGGCAACCUGGCGACGGCGACGUCCACGGGCGGGCUGGUGAACAAGAUGCCCGGCCGGAUCGGCGACACGCCCCUGGUGGGAGCCGGCACGUACGCCAACGCGCUGUGCGCGGUGUCCGCCACGGGCAAGGGCGAGGAGAUCAUCCGCCGCACGGUGGCACGCGACGUCGCGGCGCUGAUGGAGCACGGGGACGACGCCCUCCCGCUGCGCGACGCCGCGGCGCGCGUCGUGGCGGGGGCGCCCCGCGGCACCGUGGGGCUGGUGGCCGUGUCGCGCCAGGGGGAGGUCGCCAUGGCGCACAACACCACCGCCAUGUUCAGGGCGUGUGCCACCGAGGCCGGCCACACCGAGGUCGGCAUCUGGACGGACGCCGAUGCCGCCGCCAAUGGAGAGACUGUCAGCGUCGCGCUCUAG